GCUUACGGCAUCGUGUGGAAAGCAGUCGAUCGCAGAACAGGAGAAAUAGUCGCUGUGAAAAAGAUUUUUGAUGCUUUCCGGAACAGGACGGAUGCUCAGAGAACGUUCCGGGAGAUCAUGUUCCUGCAGGCAUUUGGGGAACAUCCCAAUAUCAUCAAGCUGCUUGAUGUUAUCCGAGCUCAGAACGACAAGGACAUCUACCUCAUCUUUGAGUCCAUGGAGACAGAUCUACACGCUGUGAUUAAGAGGGGGAAUCUGCUGAAAGACAUCCACAAGUGUUACAUUCUCUACCAACUCCUGAAGGCAACUAAGUUCAUCCACUCGGGAAACGUUAUUCACAGGGAUCAGAAGCCUUCAAAUAUCUUGCUGGAUGCAGACUGCUUCGUUAAACUCUGUGAUUUUGGGCUGGCCCGUUCUUUAUGUCAGACGAACGAGGACCAAGGCAACCCUGCUCUGACGGAGUAUGUGGCAACGCGCUGGUACCGAGCCCCUGAGAUCUUACUUUCCUCACGGAGUUACACUAAAGGUGUGGACAUGUGGAGCAUUGGCUGUAUCCUGGGAGAGAUGCUCCUUGGGAAACCUCUUUUUCCUGGAACAUCGACAGUGAAUCAGAUGGAACAGAUCUUGAGGGUCAUUCCUGCCCCGUCCCCAGAAGAUAUUGCGGCUAUGCAGUCGGAUUUCUGUGCCUCAGUUAUGAACCGUGGGGGUUCCUGGCAGCGAGUAACGUUUGAGGAGAUUUUGCCAUCCUCGACCCCAUCACCCGCCCUGGAUCUUCUGAAGAAACUGCUGGUGUUCAACCCUGCUGACCGGCUCACAGCGGAGGAGGCUCUGCAGCAUCCCUAUGUGAAAAGGUUUCACUGUCCUGCCAGGGAGCCAUCUCUGGAUUACGAUGUGAUUCUUCCUUUAGGUGACGAUAUCCAGCUGUCUGUGGCAGAAUAUCGAAAUAAAUUAUAUGAGACACCAGCAGGCAGAGCUGGCAGCUUCUCUUCAGGGGAGGGAGAGGCUUUUGGUGAGAAGGUGGAGCAGACGGCGUUG